CAAGCGAGUACAAGCAGUACUUUCCCACUAAACCCCCACAACCCACCCCUCGACCAUCAUGGGCCCUGCCUAUAUAUCUAGCCCAGAACGUGAGAGAAGGCAGCACUUACCGAACAACACAUGAAGCAGUGCCUACUAAAUCAACCAUUGCACACCAACCAGACAGACAUGCCCGAACUCAUGCUGUGUCAGAGCUCAUCAACCAAAGAGAAAGACAUCAAUGACUGCAGAACCAAAGUGGCUGAGAAAAAGAAAGCAAAGGACCUUGCCAAAGAUCUCAAGAAUCGUCUGUUUUCCAUACUACUGAAUUCUGAGCCUCAUCAUCCUGCAAUUAGUUUUUUAUCCAACAUGACAGGAAAUCUCGACCUGUCCAUGGGCCUGACUCUUGAAGAGGCAACGCAAUGGUCCAAGUCGCUGGACGUCCUUCUUGCUGACCCACGUGGUGUCGCAGCGUUUAGAGCUUUCCUCAAGUCGGAGUUCAGCGAGGAGAACAUUGAUUUCUGGCUGGUCUGUGAGGAUUACAAGAAAACCAAGUCUACGGAUAAACUAGGCUCCAAGGCCCAGCACAUCUUCAGAGAGUUCAUCAGGAGUGAUGCCCCGAAGCAAGUCAAUAUUGAUGGUAAUAUGCGGGAUCUGCUCAGCAGAAAUAUUCUGAUGCCAACUGAUUGCUGUUUUGAGGGAGCCCAAAGAAUUAUCUUCGGUUUGAUGGAGAAGGAUUCGUACCCGAGGUUUUUAAAAUCGGAUGUCUAUGUAAACCUGAUCAACAAGAUACAAGCCAACCACAGCCAUCGUUAAAUGCGGAGUUCUCUGCAACAAUAAGGCGAUGAGCGCAUGGAUCACCGAGUCUACAUUGCCCGUAGUUGUGAGCGCCACAGCCUUGCGUAGAACUAGAGAGACAAUACCAGCCAGGAUGCAUGAAAAUAAAAACACAACAGUGGCACUCAAUGUCAACCGUGCCACAGUGAACUCAUUCGGAAAAAGAAAGGGCAGGGAAUAGUCCCCGACCUCAGUGACUAACACAUUUCCAAUCGCCAUGCAUAACUGCAACCCUUCUCACCGAAACCAAGAACGUUUUGCUUUCCUUCACAAGAAGAAUUAGAGGGGAAGAAACUGCGACAGAUUUGAUUUGGAAGCGGGGAAGAAUUAAUCUCCCUCAUUAACAUUGACCGUAUUUGAAGAUGAACUGGGAGAUAUUUCCUUGGUUUGUCGCCAAGUGGAACAGUUUUAGCCUGGACUGCUUUGUACUGAACUCUAUGACAAAUUACAUAAUGUUCUGAUACAGAAAUAAGGAACUGUGGUGAUGAAAGUAUUUAUUUAUUAUUGCUGGGGGUUUUUUUUUUGCUAAUUUAAAGUAAAUAGCUUGGAGUGAUGGCAUAAGAUAGCGAGUCGCAGAAUCUUUUAAAAUAUGCGGCCUUUAUUAAUGGUUGGACACAUCCUCAGUUCAUAACAAGCAUUUCAGUGACUUGUUAGGCAAGAGUUUUAUUUUAACUAGAAAGUUACUGUAAGUAUAAGAAGGUUAUUUACAUUCAAAGCAAUGAUGGCAACUGUGAAAAUAUCUUCACUGUUAUCACAUUAACUGCAACUUGAUAGAUAGUUUCAAUAAGGAUAAUCCUGACCCACUCACUUGAGUCGGCAUGUGUAAGUUCCUGUAUUACCUUUAUUUAAGUUUUAUUAGUCUUUUUACCCAUAGAGCUUCCACUUAGAGUCAUAGAACUGUACAGCAUGGAAACAAGCCCUUCGGCCCAUCUAUAUGCUGCACAGUGGCACAGCUGGUAGAGCCACUGCCUCACGGCGCCAGAGAUUUAGUUUCAAUCCUGACCUC